UUUAUUUCUUGCUUCAUGCUACACUGUUUUAUUUUUAAUAAUUUUUUGCUUCAUUUUUUAUUCAUUUUUUACUUUAUUUUUAGGUCUGUUUAAAUUUUUAGGCUUGCUUCUGUUUUUAUUUUCUAGUUGCUUCAUUUUUUAUGAUUGCUUCAAUGUUUAUUUUUGCUUCAGUUUAAUCAUAUUUCAGUUAUUAUUUUUCUGCUUUAUGUUCAUUUUUUAAUAGUUGUGUUGCUUCAUUUUUAAUUUUUUGCUUCGAUUUUGUUAGGUUUGCUUCAUUUUAUUUUUGAUCUGUCUUACCCAUAUUAUUUUCUCAUUUUUUGCUUCACUUUUUUCUUCACUUCAAACAUCUCUUAAUUUUUAUUUUUAUUUUCAGAUAAUUAAUAAAUGGCCUAUAACUAAAUUUACUUAAAUUACUUAAAUCUACACUUAGAAUCUUCAUUUUAAUUUAAUUUUAAUUUUAAUUUAAUUUCUUCAAUCCAACUACUGCCACCAUUUUUAAAAUUUAAAUAAUAUGCAUCAACACCACCAAUCUCUCCCAACUUGUUCAAAUACCUUUUUACGUCGUGUGGAAGACAUGGAACACAUUUUGCGUGAACGAAUAGCUUUAUUACCUGGUGUUCGUGAUCGUGACAAUUCUCCAAUAAUUUUUUGUCCAGCUAGAGAUAUUAAUUCGAAUAUUGAACAUGUCAGGAAUUUAUUGUUGUAUUUAUAUGAUGUUACUGCUGAUGACGCUAAAUCUAGAGGUUUUGUAAUUGUUUUGGAUAUGAGAAGAGGAACUUCUUGGGAUGUUGUAAAGCCUAUUUUAAAAUCUCUACAGGAAUAUUUCCCAGCCAAAAUCAAUUGUGUUUAUAUAAUAAAACCAGAAAAAUUUCUCGACAAAUAUAAAAUAUCCACAGCAAAAUAUACAAAAUUUGAACUUCAAAUGGUCUCUCCUGAUGCCUUAACAAAAUAUAUUGAUUAUAGCCAAAUACCUAAAGAAUUUGGAGGUUCUUUUAAAUUCGAUUAUGAUGAAUGGAUUGAAAUUAGAAGGGAAAUUGAACGUAUAGUCCACAGAAUCUCAGAAAUACUCAAAAACCUGGACCGCAUAUCCUUCGAAAUGUCAAGUGCCGAAAUGCCAAUAGAUGCAAUAUCAGCCCAAAAAUCAGUUCAAACACAUUCCAAUUUGUACCCAAUUUUAACUUCUGCACCAAUAGAAGAAUUUGAAAAACAAAUUUUUUCAAUAAAAGAAAGGCUAAUUUAUGAAAAAAAUGGUGGAAUGAAAAAUGGAAUUGUUGUAUGUACCCAGCCAAAUCCUGAUUUAAUCGCUGUCUUUCCUAACCUUUUACAAUUGCUCAAAACUUUGGUUAAAACAAGAAACGAAGUGCUUUAUAAUUGGGAAACUAGAAAAACUGAAUUGGAUCAAUAUUCUCAAUUAAAAUUAUUUGAACAGGAUGCUGAAAAUCUUUCUCAAUGGAUUUGUAAACAUUUUAAUAGCCUUACACACCGUUUUGUUUUAAUUGGAGAAAAUGAACUCGAAACAAAUAGAUUAUUAAAAGAACAUUUGGAUUUUGCUGAAUCUGUUAAAAAAAUCGAAGUUAGUUAUACUCAAGUAAUAACUGUUGGUAUUCGUUUAUUAAAUAUUCAAAAAUUUGGAUUAAAUAAAAUUGAAAGUAUUUCAUUACAAUUAAAAAAUGAUUGGAAUCAAUUUUUAUCAAGAAUAGAUGCUAGAACACAAUUAUUACAAUUAGCUGCUAGUGCACAUAAAAAAUGCAAUUUGUUUCUAAAAAGUGCAGAUCAUUGGCAAAUAGAUGUAGGAGUAGAUCCAAAUAAAAUUUCUGUCAAUGAUUUACCAAUAGCAGCAAAAAGGCAUCAAGAAUUUCAAAAAUUGUAUCGUUCAAGUUUUGCUGAAGCUAAUGAAGAAUUACAACAAUUGUUAAAAUUAUUAAAAAAAUAUUUUGGAGAAUCUAUAAAUAAAUUGUCAAUAACUCCAAUAAUUCAAGACAAUUUACAAUUAAUUGGGAAUACUUUUAAAGGAAUUAAUACUGUUUGGGAAGCUAGAGAUUUAACUAUACAAAAUAAGUUAUCUAGUGCUGAUUUUGUUACUGAUUUAAAUUCUGUUCUCGACUGGUUAAAUCAACAUGGUGAACCUUUCCUUCAUAGAAAAACUGGAAUAGGUGUUGAUCCAGAAUCAGCUAGCAUUUUAACCCAAAACCAUCAAAAAUUUCGUGCUGUAGCUAUAAAUACAAAUAAAAAUGCUGAACAAAUAUUUAAAUUGAGACAUGUUUUGGAUGAUGCUGAUGAAUCAGUAAGAAUUGAAGCAAAUAAAAAAGUGGAAGAAUUAUUACUUAAAAUUAAUAAUUUUAAACGGUGUAUGGAACACAGAACUAUUUUACUUCAUCGUGCCUAUUAUUUUUAUUUACAUUAUGAUGAAAUUAUGGAUUGGUAUAGUAAAUUGGAUAGUCGUGCUAAUUAUAUUUGUAUAGUGCCAGAAUCUGUAGAUCACUGUGAAAAAAAUAAAGCUACUUUUCAUCAUGAUAAUGAAUUGACUGACCAAGCAUAUGGUAGAGUAAUGGCUGAAGCUGAAGAAUUGUUACAAUCGUUGCAAAAACAACGUGAAUUGCUUGAUAUUGAUAAUAGUGAAUCUGUAACACAUGUGGAGCAUUUAAUAAAGGAUAUAGAAAAUCGACAUUUAAACGAAAAAGAACGUUGGAAAGAACAACGUAUAUAUUUAAAUACAGCUUCUAAAAUCUCAACAUUUCUUCGCGAUUGUUUUGAAAUUAAAAAACAAUUGGAAAGUUGGCGACAAGAUUUGCAGGGUUUACGGCAUUCAGUUAGCAAUACUGUAGAAGUUAUUAAACAAUAUCAUACUCAAAAUACUGUUAAAGUUCAACAAGUUGUUAGUGAUGCAAUGAAACAAUUGUCUGAAAUACUUGAGCUUAUAAAAACUAAAAAUUUACAUAUGGUUUAUGCUGCAGAUUCAACCAUUCCUGUUGAAGAAGCUAUAGUUACAGCUGCAAAACAAUUGCAAAAUUUGGAAGAUGAAGCUAUGAAUAUUGCCAAAGACAUAUCUCAUCGAAUAGAAUUAAGCAUCCAUUUAAGCAAACUUAGACAAAUGGCACAUGAAAUUGUUGAAGCAAUAGAAAGACAACAAAUGCGUUUACGUCAAUUUUUUCAUAUUCCAGGAAAUGAACAAGAAACUGAUUUGGAAACAAAAUAUUUUAAUGAAUUUAGAAUUGAAAUUGAGGUGGGGUUUGAUAAGAAAUAUUAG